AUGGUCGGAAUCGCGUUUCUCGGGGCUGGGAUAUUCGCUAAAGAGGCCCAUCUUCCUGCGAUAGCCGAGCAUAAAGCCGAUCUCCUUGCGGUGUAUUCGCGCUCAACUCGUUCAGCCGAAUCCUUGAAAUCUGCAGCCGACGAUCUCGGUAUUUCAGCCUCCCAAAUCGACGUGUACUCCGAUGAGGAAGAAGCCCAUGGCCGAGGUUUAUCGGAUCUACUUUCUCGUAGCGACAUAUCAGCUUGCAUCGUUGUUCUGCCCAUCCUAGUACAACCCACCGUUGUCCGACGCUGUCUUGAAGCAGGCAAGCAUGUACUUUGCGAAAAGCCGAUCGCGAAAGACGUGGCAGCCGCUUCCCAGCUUAUCCUCGAAUACGAGAAGGAUUUUCAACAAAAAGGUUUGGUGUUCUCCAUCGCGGAGCAAUUUCGCUAUGACCGUGGCUUCACCCAUGUCCGGAAUCUCGUCGCGGAAGGAAAAAUUGGAAGUCUAAAGCACGUUCACGCACGGGUAUGGUCGAACAUUCGUCCUGUUAGCAACAAAUGGUACGAAACCGAAUGGCGCAAGAACCCCGAGUAUCAAGGGGGAUUUAUCCUGGACGGUGGAGUGCAUUUUGUCGCUCUGAUCCGGUAUAUCUCGGGCCAAGAAAUCGUCAGUACUGCAAGUCUUGUCGCGCAAACCCAUUCUCAUCUCCCACCUGUGGACACGGUGAAUGCGGCUUUAAGGUUCGAGAAUGGGACGUUGGGUUCUUUGAGUAUUUGUUUCGCAUCUGCCAAAAGUAAAUUUGAAUUCAUCUUUGUGGGUGAUGAAAAGGUUGUCACAGUCUCUGGGGCAGAUGGCGGUUGGCGAAUCGUUCUCGAGGAUGGAGGAGGUAAGGUUCUGAGUGAGGAUGUGAUCGAUGGGCAAGGCGUCUCAGAAGAAAUCAAAGCGUUUCUUCAUGCUUCAUCACUCGGAAAGGCAGAUUCGAAGGCUGGACCGAGGGAAGCUCUUGCUGAUCUUGCCGUGAUCGAAAGCAUUUGUUCUGGAGGUGGGGACGUUUCUGUUGGUCCUUAG